GACGCCCCAGAACUCGUCGCCCUCACGAAGGAGCUGACGUCGACUUUGAGCGCGAUCGAAGAGAGCGUCGAACCCUUGGUGAACGCCGCGCGCAACGGCGCGUUCGCGACGGCGGAGGGUAUUUCGUACUUGGACACCAAGUAUCUUUUGAUGCUGAGUUAUUGCUCGUCCAUCGUGUUCUACCUCUUGCUCAAAUCCGAAGGUCGCAGCGUGAAGGACCAUCCAGUGAUUGAGAGAUUGGUCGAGAUUCGACUGUACCUCGAAAAACUGCGACCGAUCGAUAAGAAGCUUCAGUACCAGGUGCGAAGACUGACCGCGCUCUCGACGACGAACAAGACGCGCCUUUUCGCCGCGAUGCGUUCGACCGUUGCGAACGACGAUGAAGAUCCACUCAGAUUCGCCCCGAAUCCCAACGCUCUGGUUUCCAAGACGGGCGAAGACGAAGAGGGCGGCGACGGCGUGUAUCGACCGCCGAAGAUGUUACCCACUUCGAUGGAUUACGAAGUCGGAGGUAAAGACGCCAAAGAAUUGCGAAGAAGCAAGGAGCAGCGUCGUCGCGCCGGUCGAUCACAGCUCAUCAAGGAACUCGCUCGCGAAGUCGGCGAAGCUCCCGAGGAGGUUGGUUUGGGAGACGAAGAUUUGGUCCAAAGCGCGUUCGCGAAGCGCGAGAUGGCAAGAAUGGAAGCUCGCGCGCGAGUGGAGGAAGAUUUGUUCACGCGCGUGCCGCUUUCCAAACAAGAGCGACGAAGACAAAAA